AUGCAAUUCUCUACCGCCUCCGUUAUUGCCACCGUCACCGCCGUUGCCGCCGCUGCUAACACCACCACCGUCAAGAAGGACUCCACCACUUUGGUGACCAUCACCUCUUGUGAGUCCCACGCUUGCUCUGAGUCUGUCUCCCCAGCCUUGGUCUCUACUGCCACCGUCACCAUCAACGACGUUGUCACCCAAUACACCACCUGGUGCCCAUUGACCUCGACCUCCGCUAUGUCGAAGACCUCCACCGCUGCCCCAGCUGCCACCAACGGUACCAUGACUUCCGCUUCCAAGUCUUCUACCGCUUCCGUCAGCUCUUACACCGCCACUGGUGCUGCCGCUAAGGCUUUGCCAGCUGCUGGUGCCUUGGUUGCCGGUGCCGCUGCCUUGUUGUUGUAA